AUGGCCGCCUCAGACUUCAAGCCGUCGCCCUUUCUGGAGGCCGGAGCUGCCGCUUCUAUCGGCUCACUAGCAAUUUUACAUUUGAAACGCGAUCAACUCAUCCCUGUCGUCCUCAAGUCGACCGCCGACGAUGGCUACGCAGAGGGCGCUGUCACCAAUACCCGCUUUGGCUCAUUCCCACACUCGACCUUGAAAGAUAUUCCAUGGGGUACACAAGUCCGCGCCUCAAAGGUCGACACUGGUUCAAGAGGUCGUGGUGGCGUUAAGCGCAAGAUCGACGACACAGAACCCAAGGAGGCCAUCCAGGCUGGCACAGGCUUCGUGCACUUACUACCACCCACCCCCGAGAGCUGGACCAUAAGUCUGCCCCAUCGUACCCAGGUCGUCUACACUCCCGACGCCAGUUAUAUCCUGCAAAGACUCCAAGUUCGUCCUGGUCAAACCAUCAUCGAAGCUGGCGCUGGUUCAGGCUCGUUCACGCACGCCUCAGCACGCGCCGUCUUCAACGGCUACCCUUCGCAAACCUCGUCAGAGCCUUCGCCGAAGAAGCGUCGUUAUGGCCGCGUCUGCAGUUUCGAGUACCAUGAACCGCGUGCCAUUGGUCUGCAGGACGAAGUUCGUGCUCAUGGCCUUGAUGACCUCGUCCGCGUGACACAUCGCGAUGUAUACACUGAUGGCUUCCUCCUCGACGAACAAGAUCCCAUGAACAAGUCUCCCAAAGCCGACGCAAUUUUCCUCGAUCUCCCUGCUCCUUGGAUGGCACUUAAGAAUCUAACCCGUCAACGUCUCCCAGCUCGUACCGCCAAAAUCAUCGCCAACUCUGCUUCUUCAGACUCUGCCGAUAUUAAUGCUCCUUCAGAAACAGAAACACCUUCAGAAGAGCCUACCGAACCUUUCAUCUCUCCUCUCAACCCCAAUGUCCCUAUUCACCUUUGCACUUUCAGUCCCUGCAUUGAGCAGGUUACUGCCACAGUGGCUGCCUUGCGCCGUCUUGGCUGGACAGAAAUACAGAUGGUCGAAGUCAUGCAAAAACGCAUCGAUGUGCGACGAGAACGCGUCGGUCUACAUGAAGAAGGUCUACGCGGUGUAAAUGCUACAGCCGCAACUGUAGACGAAGCCGUGAACCGCUUGCGCGAAGUCGAGGGCCGAUUCAAGGAAUGGCACGAAGCUGUCAAGGAGGCUGAUGUAGUGGCCGAAGCCAACGGACAACCUAAACCUCGUCCCAGCAACAAGGACCACCCGGCGAGCCAUUUUGAGAGCAAGCAAGCAAGACUCGAACGUAUCAAGAAAGAGGCUGAAGAGAGAAAGACAUACAAGGAAGGAAGACUGGUGCACAGAACCGAGCCUGAGAUCAAGACGCAUACAAGUUAUUUGGUCUUUGCAGUCCUACCACGGGAAUGGAAUGAAGAGCAAGAGGAGAGGCUGAGGAAGAAAUGGGGUACGGAAGGCCAAGUCUCGACGGAAGAUACCAGCAAGAAAGGAAACAAGAAGAGCAAGAAGACGUAG